CUCAGUGACGCCAGCGGAGCGCUGACUGUAGACGCCGUGACGUCAUCACUGUAUGUCGCCGUCCUGCUGCAUCAGUUUAAUAAUCUGAUGUUAUGAUGGACAAACUCUACAAACCAUCGCUUCAUCUCUGAUUCUAUUACACCUACAGCGACAUGGCGGAGGCAGAUGGCAUCAGCAGUGCGACUCCCACAGAGGAGAUGAACGGCACCGGGAACCUAAUGGACUUCUUGGACGAGCCGUUCCCAGACGUCGGCACUUAUGAGGACUUUCACACCAUCGACUGGCUGAGAGAAAAAUCCAGAGACACGGACAGACACCGGAAGAUCACCAGUAAGAGUAAAGAGUCCAUGUGGGAGCUGAUUAAGGGUUUGCUGGACGCCUGGUCAGGAUGGCUGGUGAUGCUGCUGAUUGGCCUGCUGUCAGGCACGCUGGCCGGAGUGAUCGAUCUGGCUGUUGAUUGGAUGACGGAUCUCAAGGAAGGGGUGUGUCUGUUUGCGUUCUGGUACAGUCAUGAGCAGUGCUGCUGGACGUCCAAUGAGACCACCUUCGCUGACAGAGACAAGUGUCCUCAGUGGCAGAAAUGGGCUGAACUGAUGACCGGCUACACAGAGGGCGCUGGGGUGUAUGUGCUGAACUACUUCCUGUAUGUGCUGUGGGCGCUCUUCUUCUCCUUCCUGGCCGUGUCUCUGGUGCGAGUGUUUGCUCCGUACGCCUGCGGAUCAGGAAUACCUGAGAUAAAGACGAUCUUGAGUGGCUUCAUCAUCCGAGGGUAUCUGGGGAAGUGGACGCUGCUCAUAAAGACGGUCACGCUGGUGCUGGCCGUGUCGUCGGGCCUCAGUCUGGGGAAGGAAGGGCCGCUCGUUCACGUCGCCUGCUGCUGCGGCAACCUGUUCUGCAGCCUUUUCUCCAAAUACAGCAAGAACGAGGGCAAACGCAGAGAGGUUUUGUCAGCAGCUGCGGCUGCAGGAGUGUCUGUGGCAUUUGGAGCUCCAAUCGGAGGAGUGCUGUUCAGUCUGGAGGAGGUUAGUUAUUAUUUCCCUCUGAAGACACUCUGGCGUUCUUUUUUUGCCGCACUGGUGGCGGCCUUCACGCUGCGCUCCAUCAACCCGUUCGGCAACAAUCGUUUGGUUCUGUUCUACGUGGAGUACCACACGCCCUGGUACAUGGCCGAGCUGGUGCCCUUCAUCCUGCUGGGUGUGUUCGGGGGGCUCUGGGGGACGCUCUUCAUCCGCGGCAACAUCGCCUGGUGCCGGCGGCGUAAGACCACGAGCCUGGGCAAGUAUCCGGUGCUGGAGGUGAUCGUGGUGACGGGAAUCACGGCCAUCCUGGCCUUCCCGAACCCGUACACUCGGCGGAGCACCAGCGAGCUGAUCUCGGAGCUGUUCAACGACUGCGGAGCGCUGGAGUCGUCGCAGCUCUGCGAUUACAUCAACAAUCCCAACAUGACCCGGCCGGUGGACGACAUCCCGGACAGACCCGCCGGGCCGGGCGUCUACAGCGCCCUCUGGCAGCUCACGCUGGCGCUGAUCUUCAAGAUAGUCAUUACCAUCUUCACAUUUGGCAUGAAGAUCCCCUCGGGUCUGUUCAUCCCCAGUAUGGCGGUGGGCGCCAUCGCAGGGCGUAUCGUGGGCAUUGCAGUGGAGCAGAUGGCGUACCAUCAUCAUGACUGGAUCAUCUUUAAGAACUGGUGCCGCCCGGGCGCUGACUGUGUGACGCCGGGUUUGUACGCCAUGGUCGGCGCCGCUGCAUGUUUAGGCGGCGUGACGCGUAUGACGGUCUCUCUGGUGGUCAUCAUGUUCGAGUUGACCGGCGGUCUGGAGUACAUCGUUCCUCUAAUGGCGGCCGCCGUCACCAGUAAGUGGGUGGCCGACGCUUUCGGUAAGGAGGGCAUUUACGAAGCUCACAUCCAGCUCAACGGCUACCCGUACCUGGACCAGGACGAGUUCACCCACCGCACGCUGGCCACCGACGUGAUGCGGCCACGCCGGAACGAGCCGCCGCUGUCCGUCCUCACGCAGGACAGCACCACGGUGGAGGACGUGGAGACGCUGAUCAAAGAGACGGACUACAACGGCUUUCCUGUGGUCGUCUCCCGGGAAUCCGAGAGACUCAUCGGCUUCGUACAGAGACGGGAUCUUAUCCUGGCCAUCAAAAACGCGCGUCAGAAGCAGGACGGUGUGGUGAGUAACUCCGUGGUAUAUUUCACCGAAGACGCUCCGCAGAUUCCCACAUCAAACCCUCAGCCUCUGAAACUAAGACGCAUCCUGAAUCUGAGUCCCUUCACCGUCACUGACCACACGCCCAUGGAGACGGUGGUGGACAUCUUCCGCAAACUGGGUCUCCGCCAGUGUCUGGUCACACGCAGCGGACGUUUACUUGGAAUCAUUACUAAGAAGGAUGUUCUGCGACACAUGGCGCAAAUGAUGAACCAGGAUCCUGAAUCGAUCAUGUUCAACUAGCAGAACCUGCACAAAGUGAACAAUCACAAUCCUGUAGUUACUAAACUCACCUGUGUUCAUGUGGCCAAAACAGGAUACGAGUGUUGUUUUCCUCUGUUGUUGUUUUGUUGAUUUUGUUUUUACAGCUGCUUUUGCCAUAUUUAUAUUUAAUGUGCACUACUGUAAGCUGAUGAUCAAGCUGAUGAUUUGCAUUGAAAAUGCAAAGACAUCCUGACAGGUUUUACUGUGUUUUUGAAGCAUAAGCUGCUAUACGGGGCGAGAGAUGUGGAGAUGAAGCUCGUUUCAUUGGUAUGUCGGUUUUUGUGAGUUUAUUAUAUUCGUUUAUUAAAUAAUAUAUCAUAAUGCAAAAGGUCAAAAUGGAAAAAAUAAUCCAGAAUACUAAUCCGCUGUGUAAAUACGAUAGUUAGCAUUUCUUCCAACACUAGGUUUAUCUGUUUUGUUAUUAUUAUUUAUUAAUUCAAUGUGAAUUUUAGUUUUGAUUUACAAGAAUGGUGAUAUUUUUUCUCUUGUAUUGAAACAUGAAUAUUGUCCUUGUAAAAAAAAAAAAAACACUGCAUCUGUUACAGAUAUUAAUGUCCAACGAUUACUCCAGUUCAGCACAUCAAACUGAGGGUGUUAUAAUAAUAAUAAAAAUUAUUAAAUAGUA